AUGGAAUUACCGGCUACUCCGUCCAAUGCAUCUGAUAGCAAUGAAUAUCCUGGAGCAACUCCCGCAUCAUUUGAAAUAGCACAAGACAAUAAUAAACGGCGCAGUUCGUCAAGAUCAAUAAAACGAAGACGUUUUGAUGAUGAACUUGUAGAAUACAGUUUGGGUUUACCAGGUGCCUCGCUUGGGAAGGGCGACAAGAGGGUACGCACCCAAUCAUAUACAAGUCAAAUGUCUGAUUUCCCUGGAACGAGCAGUUCUCUGUUAGCUUCUGUUCAACCACAUCAGGAGCGUAGAAGAGCAUCUAGUAAAAUAUCUGGUGGCGGUAGUGUGGGUCGUAAAUCCCGUCGCAAAGGCCAGUUAAGUCAAUUAUCAACAAAAGAUUUAGGGCGUUGGAAACCUACAGAUGAUCUGGCACUAAUAUUAGGAGUCCAACAGACAAAUGAUUUGCGCAUUGUACACCGUGGCGUUAAAUUUUCUUGCCGCUUUACUGUUGGUGAGCUGCAGUCACGUUGGUAUGCACUGCUUUAUAAUGCGGAAAUAUCAAGAGUAGCAAUAGCAGCUAUGCGGAACCUACAUCCGGACCUAGUUGCGGCAGUUCAGCAACAGGCCUUAUAUUCUACAGCAGAAGAGGAGUUGCUUGGAACUCUACCUAGUAAUUCGCAUCCUGCACCAGAGAAAUUCCAAGAGCUUCUAGAACAAAAUCCACAUGUGUUUUAUCCUUCGAGAACAGCUAAGUCACUAAUGGCCCACUGGCAACUUCUCAAACAAUAUCAGCUGCUGCCAGAUCAAACAGUUCAGCCUUUACCAAAAAAUCAAAGUGAUGGUGUUAUGACAUUUUCUGACGCAGAGGAGACUAUCAAUGACUCAGAAUUACACGAUUUUAAAGAAGAUGGCAUGGACAUUGAAAUACAACUUGCAGACAGAGUAGAAAAGAAGGACAUUCGUUUAUUGGAGAAUUCGCUAUCCCGAUGGCAAGUAUUGGUGCAGUCUGUCGCGGGCGGAAAUGUUGAGUUGGAUAAAAACACGCUCGCAGUGUUGCGCGGUCGUCUCGUGCGCUACCUAAUGCGAUCUAGAGAAAUCGCCGUUGGUCGCAGUACAAGGGACCAUAGCAUUGAUGUGGACUUAAGUUUGGAAGGUCCUGCGGCAAAGGUGUCCCGUAAGCAGGCCACAAUACGUCUCCGUAAUAGUGGAGAUUUCUUUAUGUCUUCGGAGGGGAAAAGACCCAUAUUUGUCGACGGCCGCCCCGUGCUUCAAGGAAAUAAGGUCAAGCUCAAUCACAAUAGCGUCAUUGAGAUUGCUGGCCUCCGGUUCGUAUUUCUCGUCAACCAAGAACUCAUAAGUGCCAUUCGUCAAGAAGCGGUUAAAGUCAACAUACCUGUGUAA